AUGUCAUCAGUAUUACCAAAAGAAACUCCAACUAGAGGCUUGACUGGAAAAAUUUCUGGUCUUGACAUGUCAAACACACAAGGCAAAUCAUUAACUGACAAAUUGGCAGCUGAAGCAUUGGCCAAAGACGAAGCUCAAACUAUACACGAAGUUAAAAACGCCAUGAGCAAACCAGCAACUGAAGAAGAAACUAAGAAGUACGAAAAACAACUCGAAGAUAUGAACGCUGAACAUGAAAAAUUCUUGAGCACUCAUAAAGUACACAGACACGAAUUGAAAGGAUUGGAGGCUGAAGAACCACUUUUGAAGGAAAACAAACGUCGUUAUGUCAUGUUUCCUAUUAGAUACCAUGAAAUUUGGCAAAUGUACAAGAAGGCUGAAGCAUCAUUCUGGACUGCAGAAGAAAUUGAUUUAGGUAAAGAUCUUCAUGAUUGGAGAGAGAAAUUGAAUGACAAUGAAAGGUUUUUCAUUGGAAGAAUCUUGGCCUUUUUCGCUGCCUCUGAUGGUAUUGUUAAUGAAAACUUGGUGGAAAACUUUUCUGCUGAAGUUCAAAUUCCUGAAGCCAAAUCAUUUUAUGGUUUCCAAAUCAUGAUGGAAAACAUUCAUUCAGAAACUUAUUCAUUAUUGAUUGAAACUUAUAUCAAGGAUCCAAAGGAAGCCGAUUUCUUAUUCAAUGCUAUUGAAACCAUCCCUCAAAUUAAAAAGAAGGCUGAUUGGGCCAUCAGAUGGAUUCAAGAUUCCGAUGCAUUGUUUGCUGAGAGAUUGGUUGCUUUUGCUGCUGUUGAGGGUAUCUUUUUCAGUGGAUCGUUUGCUUCCAUUUUCUGGUUGAAGAAGAGAGGAUUAAUGCCAGGAUUGACCUUUUCCAAUGAAUUGAUUUGUCGUGAUGAAGGUUUACACACUGAUUUUGCAUGCUUGUUGUUUGCUCAUUUACAACAUAGACCUGACCCAAAGAUUGUUGAAAGAAUUAUUACUGAAGCAGUUGAAAUUGAAAAAGAAUUCUUUACUGAUGCAUUGCCAGUUAGUUUGUUGGGAAUGAAUUGUAAGUUGAUGUGUCAAUAUGUUGAAUUUGUUGCCGACAGAUUAUUGGUUGCUUUGGGUAACAAAAAAGUUUACAAUGUCACCAAUCCAUUUGAUUUUAUGGAGAAUAUCUCCUUGGCUGGUAAGACCAAUUUCUUUGAAAAAAGAGUUUCUGAUUACCAAAAGGCUGGUGUCAUGGCCAAGAGUGAAAAUAAAGAUGCCAAUGAUUUUGCAUUUGAUGAAGAUUUCUAA